ACAAAACACCACAUUUGUGAACCACUUACUCAAUUUUUGUCACUUGCAAGAAAAUGAAACAAAACUAUGAAUUUAAAUAAUAUGUUUCUUAAUGUGUACCCUCUCCUGGCUAAUCCAGUUUCAUAACCCAAGAUUACCUCUAACACUUUUCAUAGACACUUUUUCUUUUCCCUUCCAACUGAGGAAGGCCUAGUGAGAAGGGAUGAGUUAAACUUAGCAAUGUUAUGUUCCUGAGACACUUAGCACGUGCUUUAAAACAAAUAGUAACAUCAUCAUAAAUUUCAGAGAACACCGAUGAAAAUAUACUAGUAACCAUAUAAACAAUAAAUAUUUGUCUCUGGGGGGCAUUCGAUGUAAAUGGAAUUUAAGUAGCAUUCAUCAAACUGUGAAAAUCUGAGAAGACACAUGGUGGCGCUGUAGGAUAAUGUUACAGAAAAAAUUACAUUAAAUACUACGGACACUCAGCCCCACUGAGCACGGAAAACUGAGAAGAAAUAGCAAGUCCUGAAGGUGCUACCUAGAAACCGUUUGUCCUUCGGAUUCUAAGGAUUCUGUGGACAGAUCAAGGGGCACAUCUUACAGAACUGUGUGGUGGAGCAGGAGUGAUUCUUCCAGAAGCCUACAGGAAAGGAGCUAUGGAGAACGGAGGAGGAAGCCAUCUGCAGACAAGGCAAGUCCUGCUUCUCUUUGUUUUGCUGGGAAUAUCUCAAGCACACGCUGAAUCUCGGAGACUUUCAGUAGUGGAGGAGACCCUGAGUGGGGCCUUGGUAGGCAAUUUGGUAAAAGACCUGGGGCUCGAGGUGGGUGAGCUGUCUUCACGGGGGGCUCAAGUGGUCUCUAAGGAUAACAAACUGCCUUUGCAAUUGAAUACAAAUACAGGAGAUUUGCUUCUAAGCGAACCGCUAGACAGAGAGGAGCUGUGUGGCUCCACCGAGCCCUGCGUGCUGCAUUUCCAGGUGUUAAUGAAAAAUCCCUUACAGAUUUUGCAAGUUGAGCUUCAGGUAAAGGAUAUCAAUGACAAUUCUCCCAUAUUCUUGGAAAAGGAAAUGGUUCUAGAAAUCCCGGAGAAUAGCCCUGUUGGUGCUGUGUUCCUACUAGAAAGUGCAACAGAUUUAGAUGUAGGAACCAACGCUGUGAAAAACUAUGUGAUAAGUCAGAGCUCUCAUUUCCACGUUACGAUGAGAGUUAAUCCUGAUGGCAGGAAAUACCCAGAGUUAGUUUUGGACAAGGCACUAGAUUAUGAGGAGCAGCCGGAGCUCAGUCUCAUCCUCACUGCUUUGGAUGGUGGGACUCCCCCCAGGUCUGGGACUGCCUUGGUUCGAGUGGAAGUCAUAGAUAUUAACGACAACUCCCCCGAGUUUGAGCACAUGUUCUAUGAAGUGAAGAUUCCAGAGGAUAGCAUCCUUGGCUCACUGGUUAUCACUGCAUCGGCUUGGGAUCUAGACUCGGGAAUUAAUGGUGAAGUAUCCUAUGCCUUUUCUCAUGCAUCAGAGGAUAUUCAAAAGACAUUUGCCAUCAAUAAAAACUCUGGAGAAAUAAGCUUAAUAGGCUAUUUGGACUUUGAAACAACCGAAUCCUACUCAAUAAUCGUUAAAGCUGUGGAUCGAGGAGGACUUUUUGGGAAAUCUACAGUAAGAAUUCAGGUGAUGGAUGUGAAUGAUAAUUCUCCGGAAAUUUCUGUCUCAUCAUUUACCAAUCCAAUCCCAGAAAACACCCCAGAAACUUUAGUUAUGAUUUUUAGUAUCCAAGACAAGGACUCGGGAGAGAAUAGCAGAAUGGUCUGUUCUAUUUCAGAGGACCUCCCAUUUGUGCUAAAGUCGUCAAUUGAAAAUUACUACCACUUAGAAACGGAGGGAGCGCUGGACAGAGAGAGCAGAGCUGAGUACAACAUCACCAUCACAGUCAGCGACAUGGGCACACCCAGGCUCACAACCCAGCACACCAUAACAGUGCAGGUCUCUGACGUCAACGACAAUGCCCCCGCCUUCACACAAACCUCCUACACCCUGUUUGUAGAGGAGAACAACAGCCCCGCCCUGCACAUAGGCACCAUCAGCGCCACAGACUCAGACUCAGGCUCCAAUGCCCACAUCACCUACUCGCUGCUGCCCACCCACGACCUGCAGCUGCCCAUCACCUCGCUCAUCUCCCUCAAUGCUGACAAUGGGCAGCUGUUUGCUCUCAAGGCGCUGGACUACGAGACCCUGCAGAGCUUCGAGUUCCGCGUGGGUGCCACAGACCAAGGCUCGCCUGUGCUCAGCAGCCAGGCGCUGGUGCACGUACAGGUGCUGGACGCCAACGACAAUGCUCCCUUCGUGCUCUACCCGCUACAGAACGCCUCUGUGCCCUACACAGAGCUGCUGCCCAGGGCGGCAGAGCCAGGUUACCUGGUCACCAAGGUGGUGGCUGUGGACAGAGACUCUGGUCAGAAUGCCUGGCUGUCAUUCCAGCUGCUGAAGGCCACGGAGCCCGGACUGUUCAGCGUGUGGGCUCACAAUGGCGAGGUGCGCACCUCCAGGCUGCUGAGUGAGCGCGAUGCGCCCAAGCACAGGCUGCUGCUGCUGGUCAAGGACAAUGGCGAUCCUCCAAGGUCUGCCAGUGUCACUCUGCAAGUGCUGCUGGUGGAUGGCUUCUCUCAGCCUUACCUGCCGCUGCCCGAGGUGGCGCACAACCCUGCCCAGGAUGAGGAUGCACUCACGUUGUACCUGGUCAUUGCCUUAGCAUCUGUGUCUUCGCUCUUCCUCUUGUCUGUGCUGCUGUUCGUGGGGGUGAGGCUGUGCAAGAGGGCCAGGGCAGCCUCUCUGAGCGGCUGUUCUGUGCCUGAUGGACACUUUCCUGGCCACCUGGUGGAUAUCAGUGGGGCGGGGACCUUGUCACAGAGCUACCAGUAUGAGGUAUGUCUAAUGGGAGGUACUGGCACAAAUGAGUUCAAAUUCCUGAAGCCAGUUUCUCCCAAUCUACCACUCCAGUUCCCCAGGAAAGAAAUGGAGGAAAGUCCUACUUUACGCAAUAGUUUUGGGUUAUUUAGUGACAGCACCUGAUGCUAUAUUUCAUUUUAUGGCUAUCCCAAGGCAAUAUGUAUGUCUCUCAAUUUGCAUGAUCUUCAAAUCUCCUAGUGUUUGCAUUUUAUUAUAUCCCUCCCUCUUUUCAUUUUAUGUCAGUGCUUGUAAUAAGAUGGUAAUUUUUAAACGGUGGCCCAUUCUGUAGGAUAUCCUAACUGGUAAAAGAACUUACUUCCUUAAAUCCCACAAAACCAGCCCAUCUGUCUUUCCCAGCUGCACUUUUACCUUCGCUUUGCUUAUGAUGAAAUAAACAGACCACUUCUAAAGUAGUUGAAACCUUCAAGCAUUAUCUUUCCUUGACUCUCUUUUUGUACUUUUUCUUGAGGCUUAUUAUUGUGGAUACUAUUUUCAAGUAAGAUUAUUUUAUAACCAUCCUAGCUUAGAUGUUAUGUUUAAAGGUUUGUUGCUAUUCAGUAUAUUGAUAUAUUGGAAAAUCUAUACUGUGAUCCAACCAUUAAUUCCAUUGAAAAAGAGCUUAUAGUGGGUCUGAGGAUGGCUCGGUAAUAGGUUCCCAGAUAAAUGACAGCACAGAAUAAACAAGUGGGGACAGUGCUGAUGUUCUUAAUAACUCUGUCUUAUGCAUUCUGGAAGGUGACUGGGGAGGCACAUGAAUACUGUGGCCACUUACAGAAUCAUGGAAUGUGAGGCCUUAAUUUUACUAAUGUCACAAGGUCAGAAUGUAAGUCAGGUGUACAUAGGCACCCAAACAGUAGUUUAGAUAGGAGAAAACAAGCUUGUGAGAUAACACAUAAUUUUGCUUAUGUUCUUCCUGAAAUAAACAAGCAUGUGCUGAGUACUGAUUGACAUGUAAUAUUAUGCUGUGUGUAUUUUCCAACAUUCAAACCUAAAAGGAAGAAACAUUUUGUGCUCAGUACUUAGUCUAUUGUGAGCUUGAAAUUUCCUAUAUUAUUAUAUCACUUAAACUUCCUGAUAUGGUCACAUACCACUAAGUAGGUCCCAAAUUCUACUGAAGAGUAUCAGUCAAAAGUUUGGUGACAACUUUUUUUGGAUGUAUGAAAGUGUCAUAUAUGUGUGGUUUCAAGAGAUCAUUAUUUAGGUUCUAAUUUUUAAAAAAUUAAGUUCAACUGACACAGAAGGGAGUUUUAUCUUGUGUUGAGAAGGACCAGCCUAUAAUGGUUCUUGCCCUUAAUGGUCAGAUAACACUACAGGAAAAAAUGUAAUGGUUGGGAGAUGAAAUUUCCUAAAAAGCCUAAAGUAGUCUGUGUUGACUGAGUUUUCUGUCCUACCUGGUUCCCUCAAUCAUUCAGUCCCUAAGAAAUCACGCAGAGAUCUAUACUAAUGAUAAACUGGUUGACUCAUUAGCUUAGGCUUCUUAUUAACUCUUAUAACUCAUAUUAACCCAUUAUUCUUAUCUAUGUUAGCCACAUAGCUCAGUACCUUUUU